AUGUCCCUGGGAAGUCGAAUCGCAAAACGGGCCAGGGUCGCGGACUUCGCAAGUCUCGCCUCGACUCCCAGGGAACCCUUAUCGUUCCUCUACCCUCCAUGGCUCAGGAAUUCUUCGACAGCCUCGUCAACGCCCGCUCGAGCUCGACGAGAUGCUCCUUCAGAACCAGACGCCCAGGCCUUCAAGUCCAAGCCACCUAUACCAGAUUAUCCUGCUACCGUGGGUGACGAUCCAGCCGCGUUGUUCCAGCGAUUCGACCGCCCAAAAGGAAAUGUGUCCCGCGAUAGCCCCCUAAUGGUUCAGCAAUUGACCCCGAAGGAGCGCCCUCCGUACAUCGCCACCGACGAUUGCAUAGCUGCUCUAAAGAAAGAGCGGAACACCCACCAGAAGGACCUAAGUACAGAUGGAACGGGUACGGCGAGCUCAACUCGAAAUGUUGUGCAAAAAGUCAUCUCCCUGCAGCAAAACAAAGAGAUCGCGAAACUGUCGGCCAAAUAUUCAAGGAAAACGUACCAGGAAUAUAAGAGAGAAAGUAAGGCAACUAGGAUCCCGGAUUGGCGAAUAAUUCUGGAGGACCUGGUGAAGCACACACCACAGCAAGGGAAAUGGUUGUCCAAUGCUCUCAUAUUUGAGAUCCCCCCAAAUUUUGCUCCCAGAAUAAUGCAUGGGAUUGAUGAUUACUACCAAGAGAUUGGUGACAAAUAUGGAUGUCAAAUGCAACUGGCAGGUCGGAGCGAUACAACGCACGAGUUUACACGUUUUGUUAUUUCUGGCCCAGCGACCGCCAUUAGCAAGUGCACGGCAGACAUACUGCGUAUCACGCCUGAUGUCAAGAUUUAUGCAACUCCCAAAGGCUUGACUGAUCAGGCAGACAAUUCGAUGGAUGCCGACACGAAACAGUCGAAUUUUAGAGUAUACAAAAACGAGGCGGAAAUGCGAUAUGUCAUGGCGCGCCGUAAGGAAAGUCGACUGCAAGUACUACCAGAACACAUACCGAGACCAAAACAAUGGACCCAACUCUCAUUUCUGAAUUAUGUACAAGCUUUGACAAAGUCUCACGUGCCAAGUCACUUCAGGCGAUUCGGCCUCGGAUUGCCAGAUGUCCAUAGUGAGGUAGUCUUGAGGCUUCUUCGCGAACUGUUUAGGGAACCAGAAAUGCGGUCUGCAAUAACCCGACAAGCUUGCCAUCUGGCCCUCGGGUAUUUUGUGCGCCACAACCGAAUCCUGGACGCCCGGGUUAUGUUUGUAAGGAUGGAAGUCAUGAAGAUGCAGAUGGUCCCCGAGACGUUCAACAUCAUGUUGUCAGGGGCGGCAAAGCUGAACGACAUCCACAACUUCCACUUCAUUCUCUAUUUGAUGUUACAUCGGGGCAUUGAGCCCAAUGGUCAAACCUGGAUCCUCUUCAUGAAAGCCUUCGACGACGUCAACAUAAAAAUGCAUAUCCUAGCCGCCAUGAAAAACAAAGGUCUUCUCAACCACCCCGACGUCCGGCUAAAUGUAAUUCAGGAGCUCGCGCACCCUGAAAUCGAGUCCUCUCUUGACCGAAACCAGAGCCAAGCCGAGUUCAUUGCUCACAUGGAUUCCCGGUACGGCGACAAUUGGCUGACCGCCAGCACCGCCAACCACAUCAUGCGGUCGCUGGGAGCUCACGGGCUGAUAUCUCGCUGCUGGGAGCUGCUCCACCUAAUGGACUCUCGCUCUGUAGUAUCCGAUAAGAACUCGAUCGACAGGAUUCUGGUCUACUGCAAGCAAUCGACAAACCUGACCGGCGCUGUCGAGCUGCUGCGCAGUCUCCCAAAGAACAACAUGUGGGUGCCGAACCAGGAAACAUACCGCAUCAUGUUCGAUCUGGCGUGGCGGGCACACAGCUAUAACGUUGCUAAGGUAGUCUGGCGAUACGCGUGCUUGUCAGCAGCGACGACCCUACGCAUGCGCCAUCGCGUGUUUCAAAGUAUGAUCGAAUCCAACGGUGUCGAGAAGCCGAAAACGCUGAAGGCGAGGUGGAAAAAGUACGCUGGGCCGGUAAUUACUGGUCUCAAUGAUCUCUCGGAGCAUCCUUCCAGAGCGCCAGAUCAUGCGUUUAUUUUUCAGGUCACGGAGGGGAAGGAGGCUAUUUUGUCGGAUUAUGCGGAGACGAGGAUGGACCGGUUUCCAGACGAAGAGCCAGCUUUGUCGUCUGGGCACGAAGGAAAUGUUACAGAGGGAUCUGCAGAGUCUGUAUCGGAGGAUAGUACAGAUGUGCAGGGAGACGCCGUUACCACUCCCGAUAUGCUCGGCCUCGCGCCUGCGGACCCUCCUCAGGAUGCAGAGUCCACCGACACAGACGUCUCAUAUUACCGCCCGCUAGAAUGCCACAACCUCCCCUCAUGGACCCAACACCUCGAGAAUCGCAAACUCCCGCAGAUUCUUGAGCCUUGGGGCCCCUCCCGCAUCGGAAAACGCCUGCCGCAAUACAAAGUACCCAUUCUCAAGGAAUACUUCUACGCAGACCUGGGGAUGCACAAGGAGUGGGAGCCAGUACGACCGUUCCAUGAGAUCCUGGUUUCGGCGCUAAGGAUGGAUGAUGAGUGGAAGAGUAGGAAUGGGAAUGAGCAUGCCGAACGGGAGGGCGAAGGAAAGAAAGAGAAAGCGUAUAAGGAGUGGGGACUCGAGGAGCUCUUGGAUGGGAGGGCGCUAAAGGUGCGGAUCAGGAUGAAGGGUGUUAGAGGGGGGCAGGUGUUCUAUGACUGGCGGUGA